UCGUGCGCAGAGACGCUCAUAAUUCAACCGCUCCCAUCUUCCAGCUCGCUCCGCACCUCUCAUCCUGAUCUCAGCCCCCGGUCUUGUCUUUUUCGCUGACUCAGUGCCUUAAAACAACAUUUUCGCCCCUCUGACCGUAGCCGCAACACCCGUAGACAGCCAUGGCCAAAACUGCAAUUGCAUACAAAGAGAAGAUGAAGGAGCUGUCUGUUUUCUCCCUCAUCUGCUCCUGCUUCUAUCCAGAGGCACGCAACAAGCUGGUCGUCUGUGAGUUCGAAGACAUGGAGGUGAAGCCAAUCAACAAGCGGGCGUCGGGCCAAGCCUUUGAGGUGAUUCUGAAGCCCCCCUCCCCGGUGUCAGAUGUGGCCCACAGCAUCGCUUCGCCCCCCAAGAGGGAGGUGUCCCUAGAGGACAUCCAGAAGAAAUUGGAGGCAGCUGAGGACCGGAGGAGGUCCCAGGAGGCCCAGGUGCUGAGGGCCCUGGCAGAGAAGAGGGAGCAUGAGAGGGAUGUGCUGCUCAAGGCCAUGGAAGAGAACAACAACUUCAGCAAAAUGGCAGAAGAGAAGCUGACCAUGAAGAUGGAGCAAAUCAAGGAGAACCGGGAGGCCCACCUGGCAGCCAUGAUGGAACGCCUGCAGGAGAAGGAGAGACAUGCAGCCGUGGUGCGCAGGAACAAAGAGCUGAGGGACGAGCUGACAGCGUGAGCCCCACCUCUCCCCAAUGUCCACCAACCACGUCGCUCCACCCAGCCGCCCAACCCCUGGAAACUCCACAGCAGACACCAAGACCUGGAGGGUGGAGGACUUCACUACCAACACACUGCACCACCCACCCGACCCUUCCACACACACACACACACACACACACACACACACACACACACACACACACACACACACACACACACACACACACACACACACACACACACACACACACACACACACACACACACACACACACACACACACACACACACACACACAAUCAGUAUUAACAGUAUUUUUAAUUGGAUAAUUAAUGAUUUACUUUUUUUGGAAGGGGAAAAAAUGAACAACAUGAAAACAUGGGUAUUAUUUUGUAAAUACUUCAUUUUUGUAUCUAUCUUGAUGGGUAGGCUAGGCUGAUUGAGCGCAAACCAGUGUAUCAAAUGUACUGCGUUGUACAAUUUCAAAUGUUUAAUUUGUUAUCUAAUUAUUUAUUGGUUCUUGAAAUUUGAAUCUACAAUAAUUUUUUUUGUGAAAGUCUUUUUUGGUGUUGUGAGUUGGUUGUUAGCUGACGUUUGCAUUGUUUUCUGAUCAUGUCAGUUUCUGUGUCUUUGUGAAGAAUGUUAACAGGUAGUGAACUCAGACUCCUGACAGCGCAUCCCAUUUGAUCACCUCACACACAUCCACACACACGCACACACACACAUCCACACACAUGCACACGCACACAUCCACACACACGCACACACACACGCACACACAUUCACACACACACGCACACACACAUCCACACACACACAUCCACACACAUGCACACACUCACACACACACACACAUCCACACACACACAAACAUUUGCACACACGCUAUGAACGCACAUUAACAAUCUGCCAAACUCUCGGCUUAAAAUGUCCACAUGUCCUCAAAUGAUCUUGAGGUAGCUGGAACAAGAGAGGUGAUUGGUCCUCUUUAACAAUUUGUCUCCAGAGGGAUCAACUGUUUAUCACUUCCUCCAGACUGACCCCUGACUAUAUACUAUGGCAGCCUGUUCCCUAUAAAGUGCACUACUGUUGACCAGAGUAGUGCAGUAAAAAGGGUAUAGUGUUCCAUUUGGGAUGCAAGCCAGGUGAUUAACUUUAGUUUACUCUAGUCUGAUAUGUCCACUGAAUCUGGAGACUUGAAUGUUAUGACAUCAUAGAGCCACCAUACAUGACAUCCUGGCCAGUAGAAUGUUCUAAAGCCCCCUUUCCUUUAUCUUGAUAGACUGACACGACACACGUGUUCACUCUAAGUCUACAUGUGUGUGUUUGUGUGUGUGUGUGUGUUUCAAGUGAGGUGUCAUAUCAUCAGCGUCCUCUCUCUGGUAGUUCCAUAGACAGAGAAUGGAUGCUCCACAUUCAGCACACUAAAAUGACUCUUUUUAGAUAUGUCACACCGAUCUGCCUGCAUCCUCCACAAGCUGACUAUUACAGUACAAGUGUUCUGCCUCCAUGUGUCUCAAGCUUCGCUGAAUAAAGCUUUGGGGUUCUGUCAACAUGGCAUGUACCAUCUCAUUAUUUUCUGUGCUAAAGUCAAGGAAACAUGUAAACUGCCAAAUAAAAGAACCAAUGACCUAAA